AUGGCGUUUAGGUGGGCUGCCCUGGGAACCAUCGUGGGGGCCUCAUGCAGUGCCGCCUGGCUCUGGCUCGAGAGGCAACGUACAGAAGCCCUGGUGCAUGCAUUCAACAGGAUAUCAGGGAGCUCUCAAGGGGAAGCUUUUGAAAGGGCUCCCCAUCUGCUUGCCCUCCGACUACAAACCAACCGGCUUGUUGUUGCGGCGGCAGAGAGACUCUUCUCUUGGACCGAGGCCGUCCCGAGAACCCCUGAGGGCCCUCAGUGCAGCUUUAUGGGUCCUCUAGACGCUGACACACGAGAUCCCCCUGUCAUGUCCAGCGAGACCCAAGGUAUCCGACGUGCGGAUAAGAAUUCCCGCGAAGUAUUAUCGAGUUUUAUCCUCAAAUUAGGCUCAAUCAAAUGUCACUGUUUUAGCGAAGAAGCUCGUGAGAGCGGAUACGUCGGACGCCAUUACAUGGACGCGCAGGUAACGCGGGCACAACGAACGAUAAGGCACGUUACGAGUACAACAGCAGACACGGUACCAGCGGCCGCACAGGAUGGAGCAACGGCAGACAAGCUAGUAGAAAGCUGCUCAGAUGAUGAACCAGAGGUGGUGGCCGUCUCCCUGCCUGUGGCUGCCAUCUUGAGAUCGCGAACGCCCGAGGCACUCCGGGCCCUUAUUGCUUCUGCUGAGUCCGAGCUAACUGUAGAAAACCAACAGCAGGAUCAUGCAGAAGUAUCACGGCGCACUGAAGCUCUAGCCGUUAGCAGCAAUCCCAGGACGCAACACCAGCCUCUACCACAGCCUGCAGCAACAACUGCAGUAAAGACUGUGACAUUAAGCAGCUUGCUACCAUCAGCAGAUGCCUCAGCCGUGGAGCAUGCUCCUAAGGCACACGAGCAGAGGACGUUAGCCGAGACAUCAGCUGUCUGCUCUAUGCAAGUGCCACUGAGAUGCUGCUCAGCUGGCACACUGGCAGCAGAAGCUGAAGCAGGGGAAGAAACAGGGCCUGUAUUGACAUCCUUGGUGGUUGGCGGCUUGCAGGAUCUGGCCGAGAAAUAUCAACAUCAGGGAGACACGUGGAGGGCAUUAAGCUUCCAAAGGGCAGCUGCUGUUAUCACCGCUGCCUGCAACUCCUCAGAAGCUCCCUCUGAGUUCUCUGGUAGGCGCCGUUACGACUCUGCUGCACCUACUGCGGCUACGGCUGUGCUCAAAGGAGGUCUUACUUCAAAAAACUUGCAUCUACUGCGGUACCUUCCUGGAGUUGGACCCUCCGUAAUGGCAACAGUAUGUGAAAUUGCUGAGAGAGGCAACAGCAGUAGAAUAAGGGUGAUACAGGGGGACACCGCAGCCACCACAGCGAAGCAACAGCUGCAACUCAUCUUUGGGGUGGGUCCGAAUACAGCGGAAGCGUGGCACACCAAGGGCCUCUCGAUACAGUCUUUGAGGCGUGCGCACCAGCAUUCGCAGAAUCUACAACAGCAGUCACAACACCAACAGUCAUCUCGUGGCCUCCCUGUUAGCAGGCACGUCCACUCAGCAAUCAAUCAACCAACGGCAGCAUUCCGUUUGAGAAAAGAGCAGGCGAUCAGCUUGCGUUACGCCGAAGCCUUCGCUGUGAAGAUCUCCAGGACUGAGGUCUAUGCUGUUUGGGCAUUUGUUAAGCGCUUGUUGCUGCACAGUCCUUGUGGCAACACCGACAGCGGUCCCUUCAGUAGCUGCGAUAGCAAUUACAGCAACUGCAUUGCCGGUGCAGAUUGUAACUGCUUGUGCUGCAGUUGCUGCGGCGUCUCCUGCACCAGUUAUUUUUACGGCAGAAAUAAGGCCCAGCAUCUUGGUGCAUUGCGAGAGGCUAUUUGUUGUGGGAGCUUCCGCCGAGGCUGCGAGGAGUGCGGAGAUAUAGACUUGCUUCUCUUGAGAAAAAAUGACUGUGCAAACCCCAGGCUCAUCUUCAGGGUAGUUGAACUACUACGGCAGCAAGGGCUCAUCCUUGAUGACCUGCAAUACAAGAGAAUAAAGUGUAGAGAGGACUUUGCAGCAUUUUCAGCGAAAGCAGCUGCACAGGCUGGCGCAGAGAGCUCUGAGGAGAGGGGCACGGAAGUGUCAUUACCUGGCUCCUCUCCUUCCCCUAUCGCCCGACCAGUCCGCAUGGUAGCAUCUACAAGGAAGGAAAAGGGAAGCAGCGAAGGAUACUUUGGUAUUUGCUGCUGGCCCCCACGGUGGGAGUCAGUGCCGCCUUUGUACAACAGGCUCCAAAACACCAAUCUGUCUUGUGCAGCAGCAGCAGCAGGGCAUCCCUGGUGUCGUUCGGCGGCUGCUGGGUGCCCUGUCUGUGCUGCUGCAUGGCCAGGUCCCACUUUGGCUCGUCGUAUUGAUAUCAAGAUAUAUCCUGAGAAGAUGAAGGCUACGGCCCUACUGUACUUUACGGGCUGUGCUCUUUUCAAUCGUAGUUCCCGCGCCUUGGCCAAGAGGCUCGGAUACUCCCUGGACGAUACCGGGCUUUACGUGGUUCGUAGAGACUCCGGAGUGACUCAAGUCAAGGGCUUUGUUCCAUGCAAGACAGAAAAGGAUAUUUUUGAUGCCUUGGGACUCGAGUUUCUCCCUCCUGAAAAGAGGAGGGGCCCCUUGCAACCAUAG